AUGUGGGCUAACUGGGAGCAGGGCAGGCUCAUUCUGAGCCCAGAGAUGUGGCAGUAUAUCCAAGCCAUCAAGGUGAGCUGCAUUGGAUCCUGUGGGGUGUCUAACAAGAUCAAUGACACAGCGUGGACUGUGGAGGAGCAGUACUUUAACAGCACGCUGUCUCUGGCGGACAAAGGGGUCCUCACAGCUGGAGAGCACAACUUUCCCUUCCAGUUCCUGCUGCCAGCCUCUGCUCCUACAUCAUUUGAAGGCCCUUUUGGCAAGGUCCUCCAUCAGGUGAAAGCUGUGAUAGACACGCCUCGCUUCUCCAAGGACUACAAGUGCAACAAGAUCUUCUAUGUACUCUGCCCUCUCAACUUGAAUGACAUCCCUGACAUCGAGCAGCCCAACGCUAUGUCAGUCACCAAGAAGUUCAACUACAAGCUUGUGAAAAGUGGAAACAUUAUCUUGACAGCCACCUCAGAUCUGAAAGGGUACAUCGUGGGGCAAGCAAUCCAGCUCCGCACGGACAUAGAGAACAAAUCAGGCCGGGACACUGGGGCUGUGGUAGCCAGUCUGCUCCAGAAAGUGGCUUACAAAUCCAAGCGUUGGAUUUAUGAUCUGAGGACCAUCGCGGAGGUGGAAGGCUCAGGAGUGAAAGCCUGGAAACAUGCAGAAUGGAAGGAGCAAAUCCUUGUUCCAGCGCUGCCCCAGUCCAUUCUGCAGGGCUGUAGCCUUAUACAUAUCGACUACUACAUCCAAGUUUCCCUCAAAUCACCAGAGGUUUCGGUCACUCUCCCCAUUUAUAUUGGUAACAUUGCUGUGAACAGGGUGCCUCUGAGCCCCUCCCGGUCCAUCCAGCACAUACCAUCUGCAGUGGUACCCAGUGCCCCCCCGGAGGAAGAGGAGGCUGCCAGUGGUUAUCACCCGAUGGACAAUGUCUCGAUCCCCACCAAAAGCCAUUCCCAGCAGCAGCCAUUUAGCUAUGCCCCAGGACUGAGCUUCCAGGAGAUGAGGGUGGACUCAGAGCAGACGGGCUCCCCAAACCAUCCCACACUCUGCCUGUCGACGGGAGCCACUGUCCCUUACUAUGCUGAGGGGAAUGUGGUGCCUGUCCCCACGGCCAGCUCUCUCAUUUUGCCUCCGGAGUACAGCACAUGGGGCUACCCAUACGAGGCACCUCCAUCCUAUGAGCAGAGCUGCAGCAGCGCCAACUCCAGCAUCAGCAACGGCAACUAGCCUCCCCUGCUUCGAGUCCCGCUGGCGCUGCCCACCCCCAGGCACCACGGUUCACCUGCCUACUGCAAAGUCUGGUACAGCACAAGGCGUCUUUUUAUCUCUCUGGCUGCUUGGUGGGGUAAAUGGCACAUCCCAGCCUGGGCUUUUUAAGUCUCUUUUUAGGGAGGGGGAAAAAAAAAA